AUGAAUUCACCCAUAAAAAAGGGGAAAAAGAAGAAGGUGGCAUCUGCCCCUUCUGUAAUCAAGAAGGCCAUAGAAACCAAAAAGACUGUCAACCCCCUGAUAGAAAAAAGACCAAGAAACUUUGGCAUUGGCCAAGAUAUUCAGCCUAAGAGGGAUCUCAGCCGUUUUGUCAGAUGGCCUAAGUAUAUACGACUCCAGCGACAGAAGGCUGUGUUACUGAGGAGAUUGAAGGUUCCACCACCAAUCAACCAGUUUAGACAAGCACUUGAUAGACAGACAGCCACCCAAGUAUUCAGGCUGUUAGAAAAAUACAAGCCUGAAACAAAACAGCAGAAAAGACAGCGUCUGAAAGCUCGUGCUGAAGAACGUGCUGAUGGGAAAGACGACAAACCAACAAAAAGACCACCAGUUGUAAGAUCUGGUAUCAACACCGUGACCAAUCUGGUAGAACAGAAGAAAGCACAGCUUGUUAUCAUCGCUCAUGAUGUUGAACCACUUGAAAUUGUGAUCUUUUUACCAGCUCUCUGCAGAAAGAUGGGUGUUCCAUACUGUAUUGUUAAAGGCAAACAAAGACUUGGACGUGUUGUACACAGAAAAACAUGCACAUCUUUAGCUAUUACAAGUGUUAACCCAGAGGACAAAUCACAAUUGAAUAAGUGUGUAGAAGCUGUAAAGACAAAUUUCAAUGACAGAGCUGAAGAGAUACGAAAACACUGGGGUGGUGGUGUCAUGGGUAACAAGUCACAGGCUCGUAUCACCAAGCAGGAGAAGAUUAGAGCUAAAGAACUGGCACAGAAAAUGGGUUGAGAGAUCCAUAGACAUUAUUAAUAAAUUAUGGCUGAAGAGAA